CUUGAGAAGUGUGCAUCUCCGGAAGUGGACGUGUUUUUAUUGAUUGCAUAUAAACGUGCACAAACUGUACAUAUUGUAGACAAUUUGUCAAACGGUCAUCAGAUAAAAUAAUAAUUUCGACAGACAAUAUAUAUAGAUAUAGCAGUUCCCGCAGGGCACCUGUCACAUUGUGCGAAUCUGGAUUAAGAAAAACAGGAAAUCUAUGACUUUGAAAAACAAAACUUCUGUGACUCUCAGGCGUUAAAACAAUUUUCGGAUUCUGGUUUUUUUUUAAGAAUGGAGUUUGUCUUACUUAUUACUGCGUUCAACCUAUUUGGGGCCGUAAGAGGAUUCAGUUACGGUGCACCAGAUGCGUUCUGCCAGUAUCAAAAUUUACAGGACAGGAACGUUAAACUAGUACCUGGCCACACCGGAGUGGAGCCUAUGAACUCUCGGGUCCCUAACAGAUACCAGAUAGUUGUAGGUCCAGAGAACAGAAACGGACAAAGGAGGGUAACGCUGAAGGCAGACCCCGGCGACUACUUUCGCGGUUUCUUCAUCCAGGCCACCCGUGCUAACUAUGCUUUGGACCGAGGAGACAGACCAGCCUACGGCACAUUCCGUCCCGCCGAUACCAACUCUCAAUCUCGCCGAUGUCGCUCAGCCGUAGGCAAAGUGGGAGGCAUCACACACACCGGAAAUAACAAUAAAACAGAAAUCUCUUUCGAUUGGGAACCUCCAAGAGGAUGCAAUCUGGGGGACAUCCAGUUUGUAGCAACUGUUGUGAGAGCUUACAGUGAAUACUGGGUGGAUGUACGAUCUGACGUCAUUGCGCCUUCCGGAUUCGUUGGUGAUCGAGGACUUCUAUGCCAACUGUACGUUAAUCCAUACAGCAAAAUUUUGCAAAGACGUGUGCUUAGUGCUCUUAGAAACAUUCAAAAUUUGCAACAGAGAGGUGGUCGUGGAGCCAACAGACUCCAAGCUCAAGGCUGAACAAAGAAACCGGCUUUUUCAACAGCUACAGUUAUCGAAUGAACUCGUCGCUCUUAUUUUAAAUAGCAUUUUGAUGCUACGUUUUCGAUAGCACUUUUCAUUUGAGUAUGGAUCAGUAUGAGGAGUUUCGGUUCAUUUGCUGUACACACAUAUAAAAAGAGGGGCAAUAAAUAAUAGACAAUAUUUCAGUUUAUAGCAUUUCUCAUUUCGGUUCUGGAGAGAGAUGAGUCUACCUCUUGAAAUAUACCCUAAUUUUACCUUUUUAUUGUACUUCAAUCCAGUCAAGAUGAGCCCAGAAAGAUUUUGCUUUGAAAUAAUAGGUUGAUGUAUUUUUUUCUGAAUCCUUUUUAUGAUAUAUAUAUACAUACAUAUUUUUCUUCAUCUUCUUUUGGUAUUGUACAGUGUGUUUGUGCUGGUAUAUUCAAUAAAGUCAUGUCGUAGA